GAACCUUGUCCUUUACUACGUUAUCACCGCUUUUCUGGUUUCUAUACCAUAAAUUAUCGAUGCUAUUUUUUUUUUCUCUCUCUUAGUUUUGAUUCAUUUUCGCGUUAGUAUAGUAGUUUGGGUGGUUGGGUCUUUAUACUUUUAGAGAGCACAGAUUGAUUCAUUGGAAUUUGGUUGGAUUUGCUUUUCUCUUUUUAAUAUAUAGAUCUUUGAAUCUGGUUUGUGUUUGGAUCUUUGGCAAUGUUGGUUCAUGUGGUUAGGAUUGAUAACUGCUUCGAUUUUGAGGGUGCCGGUAAAUCAACAAUUUUGAACAGUCUAAUUGGACAUCCUGUUUUGCCAAAUGGUGAAAAGGGUGCAACUCAGGCUCCCAUAAGCAUUGAUUUACAAAGGGAUGGUACUUUGAGCAGCAAAUUAUACAAGAAGUGGACUUUGGUUGGUGCAUUGACUGUAUCAGGACAAGGAAGUUGCUUCCAAUAUCCCAAUUAUGAAAACAAGCAUCAUUUCUUCUAUGAGGUGGUUUUGGCUGUAGAGUCUAGAUGGCAUUUCAGUACAAGAUGGAUGAUUUACAUAAAUACUUAAAUUAUUGAGUACUGAUAUAAGCUUAGAUUAUUGGCUCGACUUCAUUGCAAUUUUUUUUUUUUAAUGUAAACAACUAGGUGCUAUAUUGCAAGAA